AUGGCCGGCGCAGUGCUCGUGGCCCUGGCGUUGGCGGGCUGCGGCGGGCGCGCGGCGGGCGACGCCUUCCUGCACCGCGCUGGGCUGCCUGCCGUCUCGCAGGAGGUUGGCCCCGAGCUGGACGGGGCGCUGGCCGCAGAGGUCGAGGAGGCCCUCGGGCUGGGCGGGGCCAGCUGGCGCGCGGCCGAGGGCCGCGCCGUGCACAUCAAGGAGGCGCUCCGUCCUACCUUCGCCUCCAUGCCCAAGAACGAGCACGGGAAGCUGGGCCACGCGGCCGUGCGGUACGUGCUGCAUCGGCUGUUCGUCUCGCGGCACGGGUGGUUCAUCCAGGGCCUGCACGCCGAGGGCGAGGGCGGCGCCGAGGGCGGGGGCGGCUCCGGGCUGCUGCACGACCAGGUGCCCGAGCACGUGCAGAGCCUCUUCGAGCGUCGCGUGGGCCAGCACGGUUUGGGCCUUGAGGAGUUGACGGUCCUGGCGGCCACUCUUGAGCACCUGGUGCACAACGAGGUGUCCAACCAUCUCAACGCCACUUUCCGGCUGUUCGGCGCAGGCGGGGACGAAUCUGUCCAAGGCGAGAAGGCGCUGGAGAUGCUCGACGCGUACAUGGCCGUAUACAUUUUCGGGGGGAACAUCUCGGGGAUGCCCGCCACGCAUGUGCGCUCCCUCAUGCGGAACAUCGGCCAGAUGUACCCCACCUGGCCCCACACGCAGGAGUGGGUGCGCGGCGUCUACAACGAGACCGUCCCGUCCAGCCGCAGGAGCGGCAUGGGGUUUGGCGACGUGGUGGGCGUGGCGGAGCAGGUGGGGGAGCGGUACGGCCGGUGGCAGAACGCCGAGUGUUUGGACCUGAAGCGUAAGCUCGAGGGCUACGGGGACGCCUCCACGGGCCGCGUCCGUCUGGUGGACUUCUAUUCCGGGGCCGUCCGGGACGGCCAGUGGCAAUUCUCGGAGAGCGUCGCGUACCUCCGGGAGCUCGGGGCGCUCGACGAGAGCGAUGCGGCGAACCCGCGGGUGAUCAUCCCCAACUACAUCAACAGCCCCUCGAACUGCGUGGCGUCGUCGAGCUACUAUUCGGUGUGCUGCAUCAACGAGUGCGAGGACCUGCUCGGGCACCUGGAGGAGCAGGUCGGCGCCCCGGAGGCCAGGCCCAGCCAGCUCUCGGCGCUCGUCGCCGCGCUGCCGUCGGCCACGCGGCAGGCCGGCCGGACGCUGCCUGCACCGCUGUUGGCGAGGCUGGACGAGGUGGCCGAGCACCACGGAGGGCGCGUCCCGUUGCACGGCCGGCUCUUCGCUCAAUGGCUGCACCUGGCGUACCCCAUGGAGUGCCCUUUCCCUCACGUGGCGGGCGCCGUGAACGCCGUCAGGGCGGUGCAGUUCACGAAGGCGACCGGCCACAGUGCCACCCUGAACGAGACGGAGAUCAGGCAGCAGAUCCGAGAGGCGCCCGAGCCCAGUGCCGACGCCGGAGCGGAGGAGGGCGUGUGCAGCAUCGCAACGUGCGGCAUGUGGACCAUGAAGGAGGAGCUGAUCGCUGGCCCCGCCGUGGCGCCAGCCGCUCGAGGGCGCCACGGCGCAGCCUCUGCGCUCGUGCGCGGCGUGCUCGGCCUCGCCGCGGUCGUCUCGUCCGGCCUGGCCGUGCUCAGGACCGCAGGGUCUGCCUGUGGCGCCGCCAGCAUCGACAAGCUCGACAAGUUCGUGUGA